AUGGAUCGCCGCAUCCAGCUUGAAAGCCUUCAGGACUUCCCAAAACCUACGAUCACCACAGGACUGGCAUACGGAUUCAUACUCCUCUACGCCUUACACUACUUGCUGAACUAUCUGGACGUCCCUAUCCUGUCGCCACGCGAGGCCAUCUGGAAUGCUGUGGUCUACUGCCUGCCGACGCCAUUACUCCUGGACGCCGCGCGAAGACAAGAGCUACAGUCGAACGGGAUGAUCUCGCAAACGCAUGCGGCCAAGAGCGAUGCUCUGCGGAGGAUGCUAGGCUUGGGAGGCAAUGCGAUACUUCAGAAGUUACCGAGCGGCGAUGCGAUUGGCAUGGGGAGCAUUAUGAGGAGGAUGAGCACAAGUGUGGCUGGAUCCAAGGGACCACACGUGGUUACGAGCGAUGCGCCUGCUGGACUUGGCAACUGGGACAACUCAUGCUACCAGAAUAGUGUUCUGCAAGCACUGAGUUCGUUGGGAAGCCUGAGAGAUUGGCUGAGUGUGUCAGAACCGCCCGACGCGCAGAGUGGGAGCACAACCAACUCAUCGUUGCAAGAGCUCAUCGGGAAGCUGAGAGAUCCUACGAACAACGGUAGACAUAUCUGGACGCCGGCGAAGUUGAAGAACAUGAGCAGCUGGCAACAGCAAGACGCUCAGGAGUACUUUUCGAAGAUCAUGGACGAGUUGGACAAGGAGGCAGCAAAGGCUGCGAGUGUGAAGGAGGAGAAGCACGGGCUGGAGACCCUGGUCAAAGAGACAAGCACAGAGGAUCAACAUGAUGCGGUGACAGAGAAGAAGGACAUGUUUCCUCGAAACCCGUUGGAAGGCCUCGUUGCCCAGCGAGUCGCCUGCACCAGUUGUGGUUUCUCCGAAGGCUACUUGAUGAUACCCUUCAACUGCCUCACAGUACCUCUGGGGACCAAGUUUGUUUACGAUCUGGAGGAAUGCCUUGACGCAUACACCGAAAGCGAGGACAUUGAAGGUGUAGAGUGCCGCAGCUGUACCCUCCUCCAUGCCCAGAAGAAGUUACGACAGCUAGAGUUGCCUCCUGAGUUGCGUGGACAAAUUGCACAACGACUCAAAGCCAUUGAAGAGGCACUCGAGAAGGACGAUUUUUCCGACAAGACGCUCAAGCAGGAGUGCCAGAUACCUGCGAAGCAAUUCGUCAGCAGCACAAAGACAAGAGAAGCCAUCAUCGGACGCGCACCGAAGUCUCUUGUUGUUCACGUCAACAGGAGUGUCUUCGAUGAGAUGACAGGCAUGCAGCGAAAGAAUUAUGCGCACGUUCAGUAUCCAUUAGACCUGGACUUGCGACCGUGGAUGCUUCGAGCCAGCCGCAAUCCAUCACAGUACCGCCUUACUGCGGCGGUAACACACUACGGACGACACGAAAACGGGCAUUACAUCUGCUACCGAAAGCAUCCACGGGUAGAAAUUGCUGACGAUGCCAUUGAGCCUGACGACGAUGUGUAUGGUGCAGUGAAGGAAGGCUGGUGGCGGCUCAGCGAUGAAGACGUCUCCCCGGUGUCGGUACACGAUGUCGAGCAGCAGGGAGGUGUCUUUAUGCUCUUCUAUGAGCGUAUUGACGAGCCUGGCCCGCCCUUCUCAACGGAUGACGGGGAUGUGGCCAUUCCUGCCACAAACGACAUCGAAGAAGCUGCUGCGAUAGCACUACCGCCAGAUGAAGAGGCAGACUGGGAGCAGCUGGGUGUAGAGCAAGUAUCGACCGCGACACCCUCGCUCAUUACAUCUUCCUCUCAGUCUGUGGUGUCAGAGUCUGACACAGAUGUCGAGUUGGACGGUGCUGAUGAUGGGGCGGUUGACGGGGCGAGCAAGCCUCAGCAGCAAGCUCCUUUGUUGAAGACGGCGAGUCCAGGCUACAUGCGUCCUACCCAGAAGGACAUGAAGCAUGAUAUGAGCAUGAGUCGGUCGAUUAUGAGCGUUUGA